AUCGUCGCUUAGCACCCAUAGUACAAGCUUUGCUUAGUUUGGGGCUAAGUUGAUCUGUGUAAGGUGUCCCCAUAUUUAUUUUUUGUUUAUUUUAUAUUUAAAGGAAAAUAUGGAAAAAAUUACGUUUCCAGCGAGACGCUUCCGCUUGUUAAAAAUUUAUUUAAUAAGGGGUAAUUUGAAACUGUACGGUGUGAACUACAGCCACAGAUAUCAGGUCUGUCGCGUGCUAUCGGACCGAACACCUUUUUCUCUUUGCGGCGGUUCGGACUGCCAGAGAUAAAAUCAUAUGUCAGGAUUCGGUGGAACAUGGCUACAUUCUAUCUGACAUUAUACAUACAAAACAAAGAAAUUUGAUUAAAAAUACACAAAUAUGUUUAAAUCACUUAUAUUUUUAAAUUUUAAGAAAUAACCUUUUGAAUUAGUUAUUAUUCUGUCUAGGUAUAAUCAGGAAUCUAAAAAAAUGGGCGCCUACUUUUUGAACAAAACGGGGUUUGGGUGAUAAGAAUUCUUCAGAUUUUGAGAGACGAUUAAUAGUGAUUGGUAGUGUAAAUAUUAAGUGUAGAAAUAAUUAAAUACAAGACGAAGCAAGAUAAUGUAACGCAAUAAUUUCCAAAAGAAAAACUAGUACCGACGUCAUUUAAAAAGUUUCUAAAAUACUUAAUUAGGUCAUUAACUGGAGCGUGACAACGCGGGUGUACCUUUAGUACCUACGUAUAUAGAUUAUCGCUAUUUCUGAACUAAUGUAUACCAAAAUUUUACAGUAAUAAUUACGAAUUUAAUCAAUCGCUGAUGAAAAGGCCGGAAACAUAAUGCGGGUGCGUUUAAAUAUAUCACAUCAGCCCCAAAAUACUGUUAAGUUCAUUUGUAAAACAAAACUUACAGUGUACACAGCCAAUUACAAUGAUUAUUCUGCAAGUUACAAUCUUUUUAGUAAUUUGGACUUCGAAAUGUGCAGCAGGACCAAAUAUCUUAGAUAAAAUCAUUCCGGAAGAUGCAUUACUAAAUUUCACUGACCUAUCCAAGAAAUAUGGACAUACAGCUGAAGAACACAACGUUGUGACCGAAGACGGAUACAUAUUGAAGCUUUUUCAUAUACCUGGAGAAAGUAAAAAGCCGAUAUUCAUCAUGCAUGGACUAGGAGAUUCUGCUGAUUCCUACGUAUUGAGAGGUCAUAAAUCUUUAGCCGUAACCUUAGCCAAUGCAGGAUAUGAUGUCUGGCUUGGAAAUAAUAGAGGCAACAAAUACUCUCGAAGACAUUCAAACCUUAACCCAGAUAAAGAUAACAAGUUUUGGCAGUUCAGUUUUCAUGAAAUCGGCAUUUAUGAUUUACCGGCAAUGAUAGACUUCGUUUUGGGCAAAACUAAAUCUGAUAAAGUAGAUGUUAUAGCGCAUUCUCAAGGAACUACGGCAUUUUUUGCUUUACUGGCAACGAAGACGGUAUACAAUGACAAGAUUAAUGUCCUAGCAGCACUUGGUCCAGUGGCCUUUUUGGGUAAUUUAUCUCCGCCUAUAUCAACUAUUGCAAUAACAGGACCAGUGAUCAACCAAGUUUUGAUAAACAUGAAUGUAGAAGAGAUAGCAGCUAACGAAACUGCUGCUCGGGAAUUGCAAACCAGACUUUGUUCAUUGGGAUUCAUUGGAGGUAAUUUCUGCCGCUUCGGUCUUAUAUUUCCUCUAUUUGGAUUCGAUCCCGAAGGUCUUGAAGCAGAAUUUGCACCAAUCGCUUUAGCUCAUUUUCCAGCUGGUCUUUCCAGGAAAAGUUUAGUGCAUUACGAUCAAUUAUUUUACAGUAAAAGAUUCUCCAGCUUUGACUUUGGGCCUUCGAUGAAUUUGAAAAUAUACAAAUCAUUUGGUCCACCGGAUUAUGAUUUAAAUAAAGUGACAACAAGAAUAGCUUUAUACCUAGGGAGGAAUGAUCCAUUUGCAAAGAUAAAAGAUGCAGAACUGCUAAAGGAGAUACUACCUAAUGUAGUUGAGUUUAAAAUUAUUGAUUCGAACAAAUGGACUCAUGUUGACUUCGCUUGGGCUAACGAUAUGGACAAGUAUUUAUUUCCUCUGAUUUUUGAUAUUUUGAAAAAGUUCGAUUAAUCCGGAAUAAAAUAAAAACACAGAAAGUAAUAAUAUGCACAAAAGUAAAUAACAUAUGGACAUAAAUUCUGACCAUGCAACGAAAAAGUGCUUUAUGCCAAGAACCUACGGUCUUGGAAAAUCUAUCUGGAUGUCUAUAUAGGU